AAUGGAGCUGUGGACACGCCGUAUGAUGAUCUUGCUUAUUUCAUUUAUCCACAUUGGACAAGCUCAAGAUCUGCUGAAAAGGACUACACUAUAAAAUAGAUCAGAGUCACAGAUACAGUUGUUUCGGGUCUAAGAAUGGACAGACAACAGCAAUGAGUGAUAAAGUGACUCUCUCAGUGAUAGAAAAACCUAAAGCUGAACUCACAUCAAACCGUAAAGGAGCUGCACUGACAGGAAACUCAGUGUUUCUGUACUGUACACUGAAGCUGCAGUCUGCUGGAUGGAAGUUUUACUGGAUCAAACCCACACAGAGCUCUGAGACUGAGACUGAAACACACCAGUACAUCAUCAGUUCAGUUAGAGUCUCUGAUGGAGGUCAGUACAGGUGUAGAGCUGGAAGAGGAAACCCAGUCUACUACACAGACUACAGUGAUGUACUCUGGGUAAAUGUUAUAGAGAGUCCUAAAGCUGUGGUGACCAUAAAGCCUGACAAACAUGUGUUCAGAGGAGAGACUGUGACUCUCAGGUGUGAAAUACAGGGAGGAGACACUGAGUGGAUAUACAGCUGGUAUAAAGAUGACCAAAUCUACCAAGACUACAAACCCCAGGAGCUCAAACUCAGCUCAGUUAUAAAUGAACACAAUGGUAAAUACACCUGCAGAGGGAGGAGACGCAGUGACUAUCAGAGGUCAGAGAUCAGUGAUGCUGUUACUCUUACUGUAUCAGGUGAAUCUUCUUCAGUGUCUCUGGUCAUCAGACCGAGCAGAACUCAACACUUUACUGCUGACUCUCUCUCACUGAGCUGUGAGGACCAGAGUAACUCUACUGGAUGGACAGUGAGACGAUACACACAUAAUGAGACAUCAUUCGAUUGUUCAUCAGUAUCAGGAUCUAAAUGUGACAUCAGCUCCCUCUCUACAUCACACACUGGUGUUUAUUGGUGUCAGUCUGAAUCUGGAGGAUGCAGUAAUUCUGUGCACAAUGGUGAUGUGAUCCUGGACAGUCCUGUACAUCCUGUGACUGAGGGACGUCUUCUGACUUUACGCUGUUUAUUUCGCAACAAAAAGAUCCCAGGUUCUGGUGUUGAUUUCUAUAAAGAUGAUUCCAUCCUUCACUCCCAGACUACAGGAGAGAUGACCAUCAGUAGUGUCUCAAAGUCUGAUGAAGGUUUCUACCACUGUAAACACCCAGAGAGAGGAGAGUCACCGAAAAGCUGGGUUUCAGUCAGAGGACGGUCACAUGUAGGAGCUUCAAUGUCAGUGCUCAAACUGAUCAGCAGUCUAGUGACAGUUUCUGUGUAUCUGCUGCUGACCAUCAUUCUGGCAGUGAAAUGUUUCAGAGCUCGAGUUCAGAAUGAUGAAGACACCCAGAAUGCUGUUAUUGAGGAGUGAACAAGAAAAAAAUCAGAUUUUAGGAUUGUGAAAUAAUUUUGAUGUCUCACAUUUAAAUACUUACUACCAGAUGUUUUUUCUUCUGACGUUUUCACACCUCUUCAUGGGGUUAUGAAUUAUAUUAAUGCAUUGUACAUUAAAAUUAACUAGAUAUUAAGAUCACAUCUUUAAUUCAUCUCUAAUCUCUAUCUAGUAAUAUUUGUCUUCAUAUAACUGGGUAAAAUAUUUCAUACAUUUCUCAUUAAAAUUUUGUACAGAUGCCAUUGACAAACAGAAUAUCAUAUAUGUACAUUGUUAACUAAUUUUGAUCACAGAGGACAGGUGAGGAGGUUUAUUGUUAGUUUAUCAUUAUAGUUCAUGAUUAAAUGAUUUGACAAAAAAAAAAAAAAAAAAAAAAAAAAAUAGUCAGCGUUUUCUAGUUAGGCAUCUGGACAUUUUUAGCUUUUUGGCAUCUGGACUUUUUUAUUGUGCUGGAAAGAAAACACAUCCAGUUCGUCUCAUUAAAGUCACCUUCAUUCAGUUCUGUUAAUAGUCAAUAAUUCCUUUUAAUAAUCGACCAUUUCUGUUAGUGAUCAAUAAUCUACAGAUUUUUAUCAAUAAAAAAAUCACUGAAAAUCUGUUGAAAGUGGUGACUCAGUGCUAC